CAGGCCCAGGCAAGGGCUGGCUUCUACUGUCCACAAGAGCUCGGGCACGGACCGCAGGACAUGGAGCUGGGAGGCGCGGCCGGGGCCCUGGGGCCCGGUGGCCUGCUCCUCGUGUGCCUGUGCUUUGGGACCCUCACUGCCCAGGCUGCAGACACAUGUCCAGAGGUGAAGCUGGUGGGUCUGGAGGGCUCCGACAAGCUAUCCAUCCUCCGAGGCUGCCCAGGGCUGCCUGGAGCCCCAGGGCCCAAGGGAGAGGCGGGCGCCGUUGGACUGAAGGGAGAACGAGGUUCACCGGGAGCCCCUGGGAAGGCAGGGCCGGCCGGACCCAAAGGAAGCACAGGAGCCCAAGGGGAGAACGGUGCAUGUGGAGAGAAGGGUGCACGUGGAGAGAAAGGAGAGCCGGGGCAGCUGCAUUUGUGUGCCACAGGACCUCGGACCUGCAAGGAGCUGCUCACCAGGGGACACUUUCUGAGUGGAUGGCACACCAUCUACCUGCCCGACUGCCGGCCCCUGACCGUGCUGUGUGACAUGGACACAGACGGCGGGGGGUGGACCGUUUUCCAGCGAAGGAAGGACGGCUCUGUGGACUUCUUCCGGACCUGGACCGCAUACAAGCAGGGCUUCGGCAGUCAGCUGGGCGAGUUCUGGCUGGGGAAUGACAACAUCCAAGCCCUGACCGCCCAGGGAACCAGUGAGCUCCGGGUAGACCUCAUGGACUUUGAAGGCAACCACUGAUUUGCCAAGUACCAGUCAUUCAGGAUGGCGGAUGAAGCUGAGAAGUACAAGCUGGUCCUGGGAGCCUUUGUGGAGGGCAGUGCAGGUGAUUCCCUGACGGACCACAGAAAUCACUCCUUCUCCACCAAAGACCGCGACAACGACGAGAGCCCCUCCAGCUGCGCCGCGCAGUUCCAGGGGGCCUGGUGGUAUCACACCUGCCACUCCUCCAACCUGAACGGCCGCUACCUCGGGGGGCCGCACGCGAGCUACGCCAACGGAAUCAACUGGAAGUCGUGGGGCCGGUCCAAGUACAGCCACAGGGUGUCGGGGACGAAGCUGCGGCCACCUGCAGCCCGCCGCCCCACGGGCUUCGCUCCCUCCCCGGCGAGGGCCCGGCCCCCGCGUGCCCCGCCACCCCUCUGCCUCCGCUUGUAAGGCCCACAGGGUCUAGUCUCUCCUGUCGGCAUCUGAAUUCCGAGCCCCACAGCCUCACCAGAAGAACCACGGUUUUAAAGAGUUUGCUUUCUGACAUACUUUUUCCUGCCGGUUUUCGUUUGCGUCCUUGAACUUGAGCUUUUCUGAGCAUUUCUCCCACAGCCGAUCUGCUGCAGGGGCUUCUGACCCGGCCGAGCCAGGGGCAGUUCGGGCCCCCCCGUAGCACAUGCAGUCCCCAAUGUCCCCCAAGCAUCAGCUGCAGCCUUAAGCUCCCGCUGUUAAUAGACGGGGCGGUGCCCUCCGUCCCCUAAAGGCUCCUGCCUCCUCCCGCCUCACUCCUGACAUCACAUGCUUUUAAACAGGUCACUGUGAGACUAGAAGACUCUCAUUAAAAGGAGGGGCAUUUGCUAUAAAUAGGGGCUUUCUGCUU